AAGACGAACACUUAUGGUUUGUAUCAAGGUCAUCGCGAUAAUUUCGUUAACGGUGACAUCAAUAACCACGACACUUCUGUACUUCGUGUUUGGUCGGUCGACUUUCCAAACACCGAUGCCGAUCCACGACGACAGUAAAGAUCGACUAGUGGAGAAUUAUACGCAGGUGGUGUCUGUGGAGCGGAUGAGCCCGGAAAACCGGUCAGCUGUAGAAUACUUGUCACCGAGUCGCCGAUCGAUGAAUGUCCGUCCGUGGGCGUCCACCGGGACUCGAAUACCAUUGGCUGACAAUAGUACCUAUUAUGAUAUGUCGAUUAGCCGAAAUCGGUAUCCGAAUAACCAUAGGUAUGACGGCAGUAAUGACGGCGUAGUGUUUGAUACACAACAAAAUAUCAACAGGCCAAUUAACCACAUUGAUUACUCAAAUUUAGAGACAGACAACUGGGCAACCAAAAAAGAGAGGCCGACCGAUUAUCACGACUCGUAUGACUUGACUUAUAACAUGGGUGAUUAUGGACAUAAGCAAACUGAUAGUAUAGCAGGCAUAAGUGAAAUAAAUAGGGAUACUGGAGUGGAAUUAGACCCCUACUAUUCAACUAUUUACGGCCCUUAUAACAACAAACCAUUAGGGAGCCAACCGAUUAUGGAUCAUCAACCAUUGAAUACAGAUUAUAAAUUACCAAGUAACAGUUAUCAACCUCAAAGCACAAAUUAUCAACUUUCAAGUUUGAGUUAUCAACCGACAGAUACAAUUUAUCAACCACCCAGUACAAAUUAUAAUCCCCCGGCAAGUAUGAAUUAUGAACCACCGAAAAUCACAGCUCCACAUAAUCCUAUUCUGCUGGCUCCUCAACAAAAGAUAGCGUUACCAUUAUCAAAUACUAGUGCAGUCAUCGAUUGGAGAUUGGUUGCUAUAUUUUCAAUUAUUAAGCUCGGUAUAGUUAAAUUAAAAUCAAUUACCAUUAUAAAAAUAUUAUUAUUUCUUCUGUUCAACCUAAAAUUGUUAUUGGUUAUAACAUUUUUCAAAUUUCUAUUACUUUUGAAAUUAUUCAAGGUUAUGGUACUCCCGUUUUUAUUAGUUCCACAGCUGCUUACUGCACUAACUCUUCCCAUAAUCGUGUCUAUGUUAAUUUCAAUCCCGGGACGAAUAAUUCGAUUUUUGACUACCCCAAAUAAUUCAACCGCAAAUCCAUCAACCUUACCAAGCCUACCAAGUAAUAUGGUUCCAAGUCUACCGAGUAAUAUGAUACCAAGUCUACCGAGUAAUAUGAGACCAAGUCCGCCAGGAACAUUGUUUACAAGUGUACCGGGUAAUAUGUUAGUGGGUCUACCGAGUAGUUCGAUCCCAAGUAAUAUGAUGAGACCAAGUGCGCCAAGUCGCUCGUCGAUUGCUGAACCAUCAGCUUCAUCGGAUAUUUUAGGACCGUUAAAUACACCAGCAUCUGCAGGUACAUCAUUAGCACGUGUUCUGGGCCAAUUACUAUCAAACCAUAAUGAAACGCCAUCAACAAAAUCCAAAAUUGAGCAUUUACCUUAUGCAAGGUAUCCUAAGUCUUUGGAGGCAUCGUAUUCAAUUAUUGAUGUCUUUUGGAAUAUUAUAGAUUCAGAAAAAUGUGUGGAAAGAAUAGCUUGUCGAAUGGCUGUGGCAGAGGAAUUUGGUGCCACGCCCGUAUGGAUUAAUUGGGUAAUGCGUGGUGUAUUGAAGCUCAGUUCAAACAAAAAACUUGAAUCAUAUUUCAAAACGUAUGAUGAUAUAAAUAAUGAAUUGCUUACCAGUUCCCGAUGGAAAACCGCAGAUAAUUGGAACACACAGUGCUUAGAGCAUUAUAACUGUAAAGCUACUAAUUUUACACAUGCCACAGAUACAUCAAAAUAACUAUAAUUCAAAAUUGAGAUUUGUUUUUAACAAUGACUUAAUUUGUUAUAGGACGUUUUUUGUAUAAUUUAUACAAUUAUUUUUCAUUGCGGUAAAAUUAUGUUAGUUUGACAUUUAUUAUAGAAUAUUAAUACGGACCAGAAUUAUUUUUUUUUAAACUAAUAUUAAAAUUGUAAUUUGUUUAUAUUAUAAUGUAUUUUAGUAAUCUAGUUUAUAUUCUAU